AUGGGGAUCCCGCGCGGCAGCCUGAACGUGGCGCACAGCGCGUUGAAGGCGAAACCACCGGGGCGAAGCUGCAACCUUGCCGUUAUCAAGUGCAUAGCACGAGCAGCAGUAUACAAAAAACACAAGGGCAUAUUCAAAGCUGCGGAGAAGGAUAUAAAAAGGGAAGGAAAACAUUUGGGAAUCCUCCUGUUUAGGAAGAAGCUGCACCUCCUAAAUGAAAAGGACAUUAGCAAAGUUUUGAAGAAGGUGAUAAAGGGGAAAAUUAAAAAUGAGCUCGUCUGGGAUGACCUACACAGAGUAAUCUUUUGCAGCAAUGUGGGGUGUGCAAGGGGGGGAGGCCCACUUGGAGAGGCAACAGAGGGGCGACCAAUGGACCCCCUUGCCCAGACAUCUCCUCUCUCUGCACCAUCCUCAGGGUUUCCCCCCCUCACAAUGAACGAGGCUAAGAUGGGUCACACCACACCGUACAAUCGCCACUUCGACCACGUGAAUGCUUACCUCCUGUCCAUCGCUGUGCAGAAGCUAAACAAAAGGAGCGCCUCCCUCCUGAGCUUCCUCUUCUCCUACCUGAGGGAAUCCUACCGUAGCAUGGAACCUCGGCAUUUUUUGCAAAUAUUUCUAGUUCUGGUAAAGCAUACUUUCCGGGAUGUUUCCGUAGUGCACCGGGUUGCCCAGCCCCCCUGUAGUGGCAACGCAGAGGUGGAACUGCCUCCAUUGGGAAGAGAUAACCCAACGUCUCCCGCAUUGCACACCUCUUCCACUUCGCGUGAGCAGCUUUUCCAUCGCAAAGACAGAGAUCCCCCCACGGAAAGGCAACACCUCCACUGGACACAAAUGAUCCGCUCAGAGAAGAACCUCCUACACGUGUUAACUCUACACUGUGCAGAGAAUAUCAAUCUGUUUACUUUAAAUGACGUUGCCAUGACAUGUGAAGCCCUCUGCUUUUUUACGUUAAGAGAUAAUCCCUUUGUCCCCUUCUGGAAUGACGUCCUUUCCCACGUCUUCGGCAUAUCAUCUGCGAGGUGGGAAGUGGAAAACACAUCCGUACUUCUAGACUAUUCCCUUUUGAAGGAGAAGCGCUUAUCAUCCUACGUCAGGAGGAAAAUACAGAGGAGAGGACAUACUGUUGAUGAGGUAGAACGGAAUCAAACGAAUGGAAGACGUGGGGAACUUCGGGAGUUGUAUGCCGAACUAAGUGGCAGGAAUAUGCUCAGCAUACUUAAGUACUUAUGUCUCUAUACGUAUCUCCAUGCAGAAGUUCUGAUCCCCGUGGCGAAGAAAGCAAAGAAAAUAUUUUUCGAAAUGCCCUUGGACACAACGUUACAUGAGUGCAUAGAAAUUUUUUCCCUCUUUAAUAGUAUGAAGGAGUUGGAGGAUAAAAGUACCGAGCUCAGGGAGAGGAUCCAAUUUUACGAACAUCAGUUUGGAGGAACCGCCUUAGUCACGCAGUACGAUGUAAAGUGUCUCGUGACAUUGGCACAACUGUCCUUUGAUAAGCUUCACUUUGUUCCAUUUUUAUCAAUUUUUCUAAAUAACGUGCACAAGUUUUCGAGCGAGGAUGCCGCCCGUUUGGUGCACCUAUUGCUGGUCAGUUGGGGUGCACACACGGAGGAAGCAGCCUCCACGGGGGAAGCACCUUGUACAGAGGAAGGGAAUAACUUCCCUGGGGACGUGUUUUUCCCCCCUUACACCUCUACCUGUGUGAGUGGACUCCUCGCCACGCUACUUCCCGCUUCCCCCGAAAUAGUCUCCCAGCUGACGUACACAGAAAUGCUCCUCCUCUGCGGAGCGAUGGACAAUUAUACACUGCCAAAACGAAGCAUACUUAAGCGUGUAGCCAAGAGAAUCUGUGAAGACCUGAAGAAGGUAGACCUCCGAAAUGGGCACCUACCCCCUGUCUAUAUAGACUAUUUAUUCCUAAUUACCUUCACACUGUACAAGAAAGAGGAGUAUUACGUGAAUACGAAUUUGCUGCAAUUUUUAGUAAAAAUUGUAUUGGAAAAGAUGGAGGAAGACCAGCUGUGGCUGAACCAACGGAGGUACCUUUAUUCCUUUUAUUUAUUAACUCUAUAUCGGGAAGGGAGUCAAGGUAAUGCUCCCCUGUGGGUGGAAUACUUCAAUUCCGUUUGGGGGAAUCUAUCCCCUCGGUUGGAUGAAGAAACAUUGUACAAUAUCCUCUUAAUCUAUUUUGAGAAGGCUAAACAGGGGGACUACCAAUCUUUGUUGCGGCAUCUCGGGGGGAAGGGUGCUACUGGUGCAGGUAGUAUCACUGUUGGUGAUGUUGCACCGGGUGGUGGUGGUGGUGGAAGUUGUCUAGGCAGGUACGUAUCGAUCAAGCCCUCAACAGAGAAAUGUGCAAAGAAGAGCGCCCUAAUGGUCGUGUCUCCCUACGAGCGCCGCUUCAUCUACAGCGAGGAGCAAAUAAAGGAAGAACUACUGAAACUAUUUCUACAUCUGUGGAUAGCCUACCCAAGUAGACCAGGAAGAAAAAUGUUCGACCUUCUAAUCGUUAUGAAUGCAUUUAGCCAGGACGCAUAUGUUCGAAGCUACCUGUUCAACGCGCACGUCAUGAAUCGAAUUAAUCACUACAUAGCAUUCCUAAGCAGGAGGGAGAUUAGUCUUACGGUGCACCUGUGCGAAGACCCAGUAAAGAAAGAACCCGUUCAUGUGAACCUGUCCAAGGUGUCACAUGCGUACAAGCAGAUAGUGAGCAAGUGCAGAAGGGUGAAGGAGUUACUUGCCACGAAGACGCAAUCGCAUAUUCAUGAAAUGGACAACGCUACUUGGGAUUAUAUCCUGAACGAUUACAAGCACAAGGAGAGUGUUACCAUUCGGAGGGAUGCCCCGCAGAAGGGGAGACCUGCUAAGUACGUGCAAAACUGCAGAAGGGGGCAACCGGUGCUAGGUGCCCUGUCGGCAUAUGGCCUCCAGUAG